AUGAGUUUGUCUAGUGAAGCAAAAAAACGUCUUCGUGAAUCAUUACAACAACAGCGCUUAAAUCAAAAGUCAGCCGAAUAUAAUGAGGCAAAAAAGCUUCUCACAGGUUUAACGAAUCUUGAUUAUAAACCUAACCAUGAAAAAUAUACGUAUCAUAAAUAUUGGCUUAAAUCCGAUGGAAAUGAUACUGCACUUUUGGAAGUAUACAAACCCGAAGAGCUUUAUUCCCAAUAUAUAAUUCGAGUGGCAGAAAAGGGGUUUACUAUAGUUGAUCAUCCUUCCAAAGUUUAUGGGCUACCCGACACCCACGAAUGUAUUGAUGGAAGUCUACCUCUUCACCCAGUUCUGGACAUCGAUGCAAGGCAGUACCCCGAUCCCAUGAAUUCUGAACUCCCUUCCUUAGAUAGAUAUAAAAUUUCUCGUGAAGAUUUAUUAUCCAGGAUCUUAAUUGCCUGUGCCGAUAUUAUAUAUACCGAUUUAAAACACCACAUAACUUUAAAUGAUUUUGCCUUAGCUAGUUUGUCUAAUGCCAAUAAAUGUAGCUGGCAUAUUGUAUAUCCCCAUGCCUGUUUUAUUGACUAUAGAGAUCUUAAAGGUUUUGUGGAAAAAGUUGCUAAUAGGAUUGGAAAGCCAUACUCAGAAUUUAUUGAUAUAGGACUCUAUAAAUCUCGCUUCAGUCUUCGUCUUCUUGGGUCGGCAAAGGGUGAUAGAAUUAAAAGACCUACAAUUUCUUCAGUUAAGAAAGGAUAUCGUAAGCUAGAAGAUUAUCUAGUUCAACCUAGGUUUGAUGUUUCUGAAAUCUGGCCCCGAACCUUUUCUUCUGAAGAGCCAGUAAAACAAGAAUCCCAGCCCAUCAAUGAUGAAAAUGCUUUGGUUAAAGGAGCUAAUUUAGCUAUUGCAGAAUAUGGGUGGCUCCAGAUUGGAAGAAUCGAGAAAGGGUUUGUUAACUUUCAAUCACAAUUGGUUAAAGAAUGCCCUAUAUGCGAU